UAAAAGCUGGUGCGACCCGGCGCGCUGUUUGUCUUUCCUCGGCGGCGAUUCAGAUUCUGACUUGUGCGUGCAACGAGCCUAUCAUCACGGUCAUCAUGGUGCAGGUAGUCGGCAAAUAUCAAUACGUAUCGAGCGAGAACUUCGAGGAUUACAUCAAGAGUCUCGGCAAGGGUGACAUCGCCGAAGCGUUCUUGCAGUCCAGGCCGAUUGUGGAGAUCCAGCAGAAUGGCGAUCAGUGGAUCGUCCUGGUCACCGUCAGCCAGGACAAGACCAUCUCCGCCAGUUUCAAACCUGGAGAGGCCUACGACGAGCAGCUUCCAUCUCUGGGUCUCAACUUUAAGAGCGUGACUACAAAGGAAGGCAAUGGUUUCAAAACGGAGACCACCUUAUCCGCAGAUACCAUAUCGAUCCGAAUUUAUGAAUUCACAGACACUGGAAUGGUUGUGCAUCUAUCCUCCAACAAGAGCGACGUUAAAGCGAAGCGUAUAUAUAAAAGACUGUAAAGCCGGUUCCUAAUUUAAAAAUAGCAGUUCAUAAUAUCGCACUUCAUUAAAGAAAUUGAAAUGUACAAGAGUACUUCUUUUCUUCUUGUCCAUUUAUUCCAUUUCCCUGAGACGAGACGAGAUGCGACAAGGUGUCAAUCAGGCAGGACGAGAGGACGUAUACAUAA